UAAACAUGGCGUCAACUAUUUCCAUUCCCCGUCGUCUCCCACUUCUGCUAGUCGCAGAUGGGAUAUUGCUUCCAGGCUCAUCCAUGAGAAUUCCCGUCAACUCACCAAGAAACAUGAACAUGGUGAAGAGUCGUAUUCUGAGGCAUAACACAUUGAGCAGUACUGUCAUUGGUGUUGUGCCUAGAGAACCCGGACAAAAGACUGUUCAAAGUGAAGAGUACAAUGACAUCCACCCAAUUGGUACUGCAGCUGUUGUAGUACAGGUCACUGGUACCAACUGGCCUCAACCAGCGUAUACACUGCUUGUAACUGGUUUGUGCCGGUUUAAACUAGAAAAGCUUUUACAAGAGACACCGUUCCCUGUUGCUCAAGUGGUGCAGUUAGAUAAACUACCUGGACAAAGAGCAGAUGAUGAUAGUGACCAUCCAGUAUUACUAAGUUUCCGAGAACAAGCUAGUAGUCUGGUUGAUCUUCUGGAUGUUGCAGUACCAGUCGUUGCUAAACUUAAGAGACUGCUGAAGAGUCUUCCUACAUCAAGACUUCUGGAUAUAUUUGCUUCCAUUGUUAAAGCAUCUUACAAUGAAAAACUGCAAGUGUUGGAUGCAGUUGAUCUUGCGCAGCGUAUUCAGAAGACUCUCCCUCUCCUGGCCAGGCAGAUAGAAGGACUGAAGCUUCUGCAGCAGACUCGAGCUAACAACGGACCUUCAGCAUUAAGAGAUAGACAUAAAAAUCUAGCUCUGAAAACAGCCUUGAAGAAAGUCAACAUUGGGGACGUAGAAGAGGACAAUGAGCUGGAUGAGAUAGCCGAUCUAGAUAAGAAAAUCAAAAAAGCCAAUAUGCCACAGCAUGCUCAUAAGGCAUGUCACAAGGAACUGAAACGCUUAAAGAAGACUCCCUCUGCCAUGCCAGAGUAUGGACUAAUUCGUAACUAUCUGGAGCUGAUGGUAGAACUACCCUGGUCCAAGCAGACUUCAGAUACAUUGGAUAUCAGACAGGCAAGGCAUGACUUGGAUGUUGAUCAUUUUGCUUUGGACAAAUUGAAGAAACGAGUUGUGGAAUACCUUGCUGUAAGACAACUCAAGAACAGUCUUAAGGGACCAAUAUUGUGCUUUGUUGGGCCCCCAGGCGUAGGCAAAACCAGCGUUGGACGUUCCAUUGCUCAUACCUUGGGGAGAGCCUUUCACAGGAUAUCUCUGGGUGGUUGCUGUGAUCAGUCAGAUAUCAGAGGUCAUCGUCGUACCUACAUUGGUUCAAUGCCAGGUCGUAUUAUUAAUGGAUUGAAGCUUGCUGGUAGUAAUAAUCCAGUCUUCCUACUGGAUGAAAUUGAUAAACUGGGUCGAAGCAUGCAAGGAGAUCCAGCAGCAGCAUUGCUAGAAGUACUUGAUCCUGAACAGAAUCAUGCCUUUACUGAUCACUACCUAAAUGUGCCCUUUGACCUUUCUCAAGUACUCUUUAUUGCUACUGCUAACAAUAUAGGUACCAUACCUGCAGCAUUGAGGGAUCGUAUGGAGUUGAUCCAUGUUCCAGGUUACACACAGGAAGAAAAGCUUCAUAUUGCUACUCGCCAUCUUAUCCCUAAACAACUCAAAGAACAUGGACUAUCUGCUGAACAGAUUCAGUUUCCUGAAGAAUCUAUUAAACUGAUAAUUGCCAAAUACAGCCGAGAAGCUGGAGUGCGUACUUUGGAGCGUAAGAUAGGAGCUAUCUGUAGAGCUGUGGCUGUACGUGUAGCAGAGACACAAUCUAAAGCUAAAUCUACAGCAGAAGGAAUGAAUGAUUCUACUAAGAUGAUUGAUGACGAUGAAGAGGAUGGUGAUAUGACUAUACAUCAUGGUACUGAGCUUGUAGAUAAAGCAUCAUUAGUAGCUACAUCAGAGGCUGCUAUUACACAACCACCUGAGAUGCCUAUUGUUAUUGAUCCACAUGCUGUCAAGGACAUCCUUGGGAUUGCUACGUAUGAGAGUGAGAUAUCGGAAAGAUUGGAGCAACCUGGCGUAGCUGUAGGAUUAGCGUGGACAUCCCUUGGUGGGGAGAUCAUGUAUGUAGAAGCUACUAAGAUGGAUGGAGAUGGUACGUUAACAUUGACUGGGCAAUUAGGUGAUGUUAUGAAGGAAUCUGCUACAUUAGCUCUCAACUGGAUCAGGACUCAUGCAAAGAAGUAUGGGAUUGCAGGCAAGUCUGAUGUAGACGUGAUGGAAAAUACCGAUCUACAUAUUCAUUUCCCUGCUGGCGCUGUAGGUAAAGAUGGACCAUCAGCUGGCAUUACUAUAGUCACUGUUAUCAUGUCACUCUUCAGUGAGAGGUGUGUGAGUCCUGAUACUGCAAUGACUGGUGAGAUAACAUUGAGGGGAUUGGUGCUACCGGUUGGUGGAAUCAAAGAGAAAGUCUUAGCAGCGCAUCGAGCUGGAAUCAAACGAAUCAUUCUUCCUAAACGCAAUGAGAAAGACUUAGAAGAGAUACCAAAGAACAUCAAGAAUGAGCUGAAGUUUAUUCCAGUGAGGCGACUAGAGGAAGUUCUUGAUGCUGCAUUUGAUGAUGGAUUCCCCUCCAAUCUACCACAAACUGACUCAUCCAUUGUACCCAGUAAAUUAUAACAUGCAGUUAGAAUCAAUAUGGCUGUAUCCUUGUAUGUAUUGCGCAUAUUUAAAGGCAGUGGACACUAUUGGUAAUUACUCAAAACAAUUAUUAGCAUAAAACCUCACUUGGUAUCGAGU